UGCGGAAACAAUUAGAAGUUUGAGUGAGAUCGAAAGAAAAUUCGGAAGCCCCAAAUUCUCCCAAACUGUAGGCUGCCAAAAACCCUAGAUUCGAUUCGCUAUGGGUCUCGCUACUGAACGUGAAAACUGCGCUUACCUUGCCAAGCUCGCUGAGCAGGCAGAGCGAUACGAUGAGAUGGUUGAUGCAAUGAAGAAGGUCGCAAAUCUUGAUGUUGAAUUGACGGUUGAAGAGAGAAACUUGCUCUCUGUUGGGUACAAGAAUGUUGUUGGUGCUCGUCGCGCAUCAUGGAGGAUCCUAUCAUCAAUUGAACAGAAAGAGGAAGCAAAAGGAAAUGAGAUUCAUGUGAAGCAACUCAAGGAGUAUAGACAGAAGGUUGAAUCGGAGCUCUCAACCAUUUGUAGUGAUAUCAUGGCAGUGAUCGAUGAGCAUCUCAUUCCUUCUGCUACAGUUGGUGAAUCAACUGUUUUCUAUUAUAAGAUGAAAGGAGAUUAUUAUAGGUAUCUUGCAGAAUUCAAGAGCGGUGACGAUAAAAAAGAGGCUGCUGAACAGUCAAAGAAAGCAUACGAGACUGCCACCACUACUGCUGAGGCCGAGUUGCCUUCCACACAUCCCAUCCGUUUGGGUCUGGCUCUGAAUUUCUCAGUCUUCUAUUAUGAGAUCAUGAAUGCUCCAGAAAGUGCUUGCCACCUUGCAAAGAUGGCUUUUGAUGAAGCUAUUGCUGAGCUUGACUCUUCGAAUGAGGAGUCAUACAAAGAUAGCACCUUAAUCAUGCAGCUUUUAAGGGACAACCUCACAUUGUGGACUUCUGACCAUCCAGAAGAUGGAGAGGAUUCCCAAAAGGUGAAUGGCAAUGCCAAGGUUGGCGAGUUGGAAGAGGCAAACUCACAGAUUUCUUAGCUGUUUGUGAGUAAUAUUGAUGUACGACUACUUUGCUCUUUUGUUUACGUGGCAGUGAUUUAGGUGGCAUCUUAGGAUAUGCUCUGUGUAUUAUGGACCAAGGAUGGGCCUGAGUCUCAUUUACUUUGGUGCUGAACAAAUUCCGGUGUUCGUUGUUUGCCGUGUUAUUUUGUAGUUGUUCUCUUCUCUUUCCCCCUUUA